AAAAAUUUAAACAUUAAAUUUUCUUGUUUUUCUUUCGUUUAAGCAUGAAAUAAUUGUAUAAAAGUUUGUAAUUGUAUUUUAGUUAUAGUUUUUUACUUUCGGUUUUAUUCAGCAAAGCGAAAUAUACAUUAAAAUUUUUAAUAUUUGCAUAAAACCACCACAAAAAUAAAAAAAAAACACGUAUUAAAAAAAUUAAAAACAAAGAAUUGAUCAUAUAAAAAAAAUUUGUAUUAACCGCAAAAAAAAGAAAAUGAUAUUAUUAAAUUGAAUAACUUAAUAUUGAAAAUUAUAUCUAAGUACCUUUCUAUUUAUGUAUGUUAAAAAUUUUAGAAAACAAAAUUACAUAGUUCAUUUUGUGAUAUUAAAAAAGAUAAAAAUUUAAUGAAAAUAAAAUUAAAUUUUAAUAAUGCUAUUCUUAGUUCUAUAGAUUUUAAAAACAUCACAUAGUGUUGUCAAGGAAUGAAAAAAAUGUGUUGUUCUAACGUAAAUUGGCGUGAGUUUUGUCAAGAGUGGAAGCUAUGGAUAAGACCACUUUUAAUAAUUACUUAUAUUAUGUUUGCUAUAAUCGUUGUUCCCUUACUAAUUAUAAAUUCUGUAAAAGAUGGAUUUUCUAGAAAAGACCAAUUGAUUUUAAUAGGAGGAUUGUUAGUUCUUAGUGCGGUGCCCAUUUCUGUAUGGCAUAUAAUGCAACAUGUUCUUCAUUUUACAAAACCUAUUUUACAAAAACAUAUUAUUAGAAUAUUAUGGAUGGUCCCAAUAUAUGCAAUGAAUGCGUGGAUUGGUUUGUUAUUUCCAAAUCACUCAAUUUAUUUUGACUCCUUCCGUGAGUGCUACGAAGCGUAUGUCAUAUAUAAUUUUAUGGUUUAUUUAUUAAAUUAUCUGAAUAUUGGAAUGGAUUUGGAAGCUACCCUUGAGCAUAAACCACAAGUUUAUCAUUUUUUUCCUUUAUGCUGUCUAAAACCUUGGCCAAUGGGUAGAGAAUUCAUUCAUAAUUGCAAGCAUGGAAUUAUUCAAUAUGUAGCAAUUCGACCAUUAACAACUUUUAUUGCAUUCGUCUGCGAAUUAUGUGGCGUAUAUGGAGAAGGAAUUUUUGCUUUUAAUGUAGCUUUUCCUUACAUAAUAAUCAUCAAUAAUAUAACCCAAUUUAUAGCAAUGUAUUCUUUAGUAUUAUUUUACCGUGCUAAUAAGGAUGAUUUGCGUCCGAUGCAACCGAUUCCGAAAUUUCUUUGCAUCAAGGCUGUCGUAUUUUUCUCAUUUUUUCAAGGGGUACUAAUAAAUUUCUUAGUUUAUUUUGGAUAUAUAAAAAAUGUUUUUGGUUCAACUGAAACAAACGGUGAUUACAAAGGAUUAGCAUCAUUGCUUCAAAAUUUUUUAAUAUGCAUCGAAAUGUUUUUAGCUGCAAUAGCUCAUGUAUAUAGUUUCCCACAUAAGCCUUUUCAUAUUAAUGUUCCACAAUAUUGGAAUAACCCAGACAGAAACUGGUUUAAUGCUUUUCUUGCUAUGUGGGAUAUUAGAGAUGUUCAUGAAGACGUUACAGAACACUUAGAAGUUGUGAGCAGCGCUAUUACCAGACCAUUCCGCGGCCGAUCUAAUUAUUUAGUUGCUCCUGGGGGAUAUAGCACUGAAUCACAAUAUUUAAUUCCAGAAAAUGCGGGAAACACCUCGAGUUACUAUCAAGGUGGCUUAGGAAACACCGAAACAGGUAAUGAGCAAAUAACAGAAACUUUUAGAAAUCAUUACGGAAGUAUAGACUACUCAAGCAAACCAACGAAAAUUUGAAAAAAAAACUCGGAGAUGAUUCAAUUAUUAACAUUAACUUUCGAUCAUAUUCAGUGCAUUACUAAUUUAUAUUUAUGUACAUAUAUAAGAAAUAGAGAUAAUCAUACAAAUUAUAUUUAUUCUAAGUGAUCUUUUAUAUACUUAUUUAAACAA